AACGCUCCCAUCAGAUCGACCUGCAGCAGCCGCAGCAGCAGCAGUGCAGCCUCAGCUCGCUCUGACACUCACCUUUAACCGCGGGACACCUGGACGACUGCUGGAGCCGCAGCCGGACUUCUUCUUCUUCUUCUUCACUUUGAGGAGUUUGUAAACUGAGGAACAUAACUUAGAGCAGUGCAGACGAGCUCCUGGAUGUCUUUUGGCUCGUGGGGAUUUUUUUUUUCCGCUCCCCAAGGUGUCAUCACCUGGAUUUGUGUUGGAAAGUCUGACUGGAAAGUUUGAGAAAGGACAUAAAAUAAAUAAUUUUCUUUAUCUUUUCUCCGUGCGGGACAGACACUGCUGUGGGAAAAAAGAUGUUCUGCUCCCGGAGAGUCCUUCAGCGCUGGUGCUUCGCUCUCUUCCUCCUCUGCUCUCCGGUGCCACACUACGGACGACCCAUUGAUGCCCUGAGCAGCAGAAUAAAGCGGUCUGUGACUCACGCUCAGCUGAUGCACGACAAAGGCCGGGCGCUGCAGGACUUUAAGCGGCGCAUGUGGCUGCAGGAGCUACUGGACGAAGUCCACACGGCGGAGGUCCGGGACCUCCCGGUCCAGACCACCAGCGGAGGGGGAAGCAGCAGCGGCGCCGGCGUCGGGCUGCCAGGGGUCGGACUGGGCAUCAACCUGAGCACCACCGGCAGCACCCUGCACUCCAAACCCCCCGGAGGAACCAAGAACCUCCCCAUCAGCUUCAGGCUGGAGGAGGAGGAGGGCACCAACCUGCCGCAGGACACAGAGCAGAACAAGAAUCAGACAUACAAAGACGGCGUGCAGAAAGUAAACGGCAAGAGGAAGAAGAAAGGAAGGUCUGGGAAGAGGAGGGAGGGAGAGAAGAGGAAGAGGAGGGCGCGCUCACUGGGGUGGAGGCUGGAGGACGAAGUAGGAAGUGGACUCCACCUGGAGUGGAGGUCUCUGCUCGGCCUGCAGAGGGCGCUGCUUUAAAACGCUGUCAGUCUCUGACAAAGAAGCCUGCGGACAGUCGGACUGGACUCCUAAAUACUCACGUUACAGUGUCCUGUAAUAGUGACUGUUUGGAAAGAAAUUGGAAAAUAUUUAUUGUCUGUAAAUAUUCUAAAUAUAGCAGAAUAAAUAGCAGAAUAUGAUAAAAAAAAAAACCAAAAACUUAUUUGAUGCUCUGUGAGGCAACAGAUUUUAAUCUUUGUGAAUCCUUGCUUUUUUUCUUUUUAUUCCAGUUAUGUCAGAUUUUUUUUGCGGUAAUUUAUUUUGUCUGAAUGGUGUAUUUAUUUUGUAAAUGUAUCGAGGUGCUGCUGACCUUCUAUAUUUUUGUACCAUAUUGCACUUUAGAUAUAUAAAUAUAAAUAUAUAUACCAUUAAUUUGUUCAUUGACUUGUUCAUGUGGUUGAUUGAAAUGAAGAAAAAAAAACAACGGUCGUCACUCUGUGUUAUCUUCCAGUCUGAUUCUUGACCUUUCGCUCUGUUCAGACAUCCAGUUUUUUGUUUCUCUGCUGCUGAUCAUUCGGAUGUUUCCAGCUCUGAUCGAAGCCGUUUGUUGUCUCACGUUUGUGUUCGACCCUCCUGCUGCCUUCACUGACUCUGUUUCCUCCACGGCCCGCUCUGCUUCUCAAUGCCAAAGUUCAGAUUUGUACAUAAACCAAACAUGGCUCGAUAUUGUUGUUUAUGGCACUUGCACUGAGAUGAACACCCUGUACUGAACGGAUUAAA